GAAGGUGUUCUCCCUCCGACGAUUUCAUUAAAGAAGCCAAAAUGUGGAGGGCGGUGGCGAACGUCCUGCGGAGGGCCAAAGUCCCCGGAGGCAGGGCGUGCUGCCUGCCGCCAGCGCAGAAGGGCAGGAGCCUGCUCCCCGGGACCACCCGGCACCGCUGGCGGGACGCUGCUCUGGGGCUCCACGCUGCCCGGCCGCUCAGCAUGAACCCGGGGAUACAGAAGGUGGAAGCUUUGGACGCGGGUCAUUUCAUCCGCGUGGAGUGGGAGGACGGGAGCGAGAGCCGCUACCCCUGCGUCUGGCUGAGGGACAACUGCCAGUGUCCCCGCUGCUUCCUGCGCUCGGCCAGGGCGCGCAAGCUGGUCCUUGAGGACCUGGACGUGAACAUCGUGGUGAAGGAAGUCGCUCUGGCAGGUAGAAAAAAGAUCUCUAUUACAUGGCCUGAUGAACACGCGAGCGAAUAUGAAGCUGAGUGGUUGAAAAAACGAUGCUUCUCUGAAGAAGCCAGAGCAGAAAUGCAAGAAGACUUAUUUUUACCAGAACGCCAGUACUGGGGCUCAGACCUGCAGCUGCCCAAAAUGCCUUUUGAAGAAAUCAUGUACAGUGAUGAAAGCGCAUACAAGUGGCUGUGCACCCUAAAGAAAGUAGGAAUUGUGCUACUAACAGGAGCUGCUGCUAGGCAGGGAGAGUUGGUUAAACUUGGCCACAGGAUUGGGUUCCUGCGUCUCACUUUUUAUGGACCAACUUGGCAAGUGCAAGACAAAGCAGAUGCUAACAAUGUGGCUUAUACAACCGGAAAACUAUGUUUUCACACCGAUUACCCUGUUCUGCAGCAUCCACCUGGGGUUCAGUUUCUCCACUGUAUAAAGCAAACAGCUGCAGGAGGUGAAAGUGGAGUUGUGGAUGGAUUUCACGUAUCCAACAAGCUGAAGAAACAAAAUCCUCAAGCGUAUCAGAUCCUAUCCUCUACUGCUGUAGACUAUACAGAUGUUGGGGCGGACUACUGUGAUUUUGCUGUGCAAUGUAAACAGAGGAUUAUAGACGUGGAUUCCAGAGGCCAAGCAGUUCGCAUCAAUUAUAAUAAUGCAACAAGAGACACAGUGUUUGACAUACCAGCUGAAAAAGUGAGGCCAUUUUAUGCAGCUCUAAAGGAAUUUGAUGAUUUAUUAAACAGCGCAGAACACAAGUUUACUUACAAGCUGAAACCAGGAGACAUAGUGACGUUUGAUAACUGGCGCGUGCUUCAUGGUCGCCAAAGCUACCAGUCGGGAUCAGAAGUGACUCGUCACCUGGAAGGCGCCUAUGCAGACUGGGAUGUGGUCAUGUCAAGGCUCCGGCUCCUCAGGAAAAGGGUCCUAAAUAGGGACUAAGCUUUCUUCUAACUACAGUGAGCAAAACCUAGAUUGUUUCACCUCAAAAAAAAAAAAAAAAGUUUAAAAUUAUGUUUCCUUUUCAGAAACUAGCAUCACAAAUAUAUUUUUGAGUUUCAUAAGCUAAGAAACCUGUUGUGCAUAACAAUUUAAGAUUUACCUGUGCCCUGGUCUUUGAAUCUAUAAAAAGCAUUGCUACCUCUGCCACUUUAUUUACUUUUUAAAAUCAGUGCACAAAAUGGCUUGAAAGAUUAUCACUUUACUGGGCUGACUGGGUAUCACGACAUCUUAAUUUUCCUCUACAAAUGUACCUGCCCUCCCUAGAAAGCUUGGAAAGGAGCAUCAAAAAAGAGCUUAAGUAUUACUAAAGAUUUGUUAUGAACAGCACCUUCCUCUGUUUUCAGAGAGGCAUUCUUUAUUGCAUAAAUCAUAACUAAAAUUCAUUAUCAAAAUAAGCAACCACUGCUGCGGAGUUAUUUUUAUAUACACACCUUUCUAGAUAGAACUCCACUUUAAUACAAGGUCUCAUUCAACAGAUGCUGUAUUCUGUAUAUCCCGCCGUACAUGCGAUGACUAUCACAGCCACAAAUAACUUUUACUACAUUUCCAAGUCCAUAAGCUCAGAAACCAUAGAGCUACCAGAGAAUGCAUUGUAUUAAUUUUCCUCUGCAUUAGGAAUAGAACUAAACCUCAGUGUAGAGGUGGCAGACAGGGUCAGACAUCUCACCAGAUGCUGUGCACAGAUGUAAUACAAGUCUGUCUGCCCUGCAGAUCUCAAGUAAAGUCAGGAAGAGGAGUGCUGAUGCUGCUUUGCCACUAGAAAUCACAAAGCACAAGAGGUGGUUAUUGACUCCACACCUGACAGAGAAGUGGCGACUGAACUCAGAUUCAUUUUUGUUACACCAAAUACAAGAGCACACCUCCGACAGACUUGGUCUGCAGGGUAUUUUCCUCUGGGUUGCAUUCUGAAUAGAGAUCACGCUAUGUAAAAAUUACUGCAACCGAAGUAGUGGUUUUUUCCCUAUAUUCAGAUGCCAAAUUCAAAGAGAAAGAAUUUUUAAAUACUUGUUUUUAUACCCAACAGUAUUUCCACCGAGUUUAUUCUCUGCUGUCCUUAUAGCUGCAGAGUUAACAGGACACCCUCUCACCCAUGCUGAGAGCCCGACAAAAUAACCCCACCUCCACCCUCAGAUAUGUUCCGUUCAAUGGUUUAUUUUCAAACUAUUCCUUGAAAGCCAGAUAAAUCCUAGUCUCUUCCUAGUAAGCUGAACCAGUAGAACUACAACUACAGAAUCAAAUAACUGUAGAAUUAAAUUUGUUGACACAAAAAAACCACCAACAUAAGUGAGACUAACAUAAGCUUGCUAACACUUCCAUAGCUUCUACUCAUCACUCACAGUCAACAGGUAUCUUAGCUGAAUAAUCAAAUAAAACUAAAUUAAGAUUUGGUCAUGACAUAGCAUAGCAUGGUUCGAAUCCAUUCCUCUUUAGUAAGUAGUGAAAUGUUUUUAUCAAAGUUUUGACAUUAAGACAUAGCAUAACAAAACAGGCUUUUAGUGGUAAUUUGAUUUCUCAGUGCCUCCUUUAAUAAUCAAUUUUGGAAACAUGAGGAAAGUAUUUUUUGCCUUUGCUAUAAAAGGGGGAAAAGAUGAGGAAAGGUUAAUACGUAUAUUCUGUAAGACACCAGCAGUGCUGUGCUUCAACUGUGAUAUUUUCCAUAUAACAAUUUAGUGACGAUUGCAAUACAUAACUUUAAAAGAAGACAUCUUGGGAUUUAUACCAUUGGUUAAUAGGGAAGAGAUAUUUUCUGUUUUUAUUCUGUACUUUUCUAAAGACUGUUUUAUUCAAAUUUCUGUUUAUUAAAAGCUACUAUGGAACUGA